AUGUCCUCCUACGACCCUCCUCUGGCGUCCUUGUCCAUCAGUCACGUCUACUAUGACCCCAAUGACCGCAUAUCCCUCGUCUGCGCAUACCUCGCCCUCCUCCCCCAAGCCCUCUGCGUCGUCUACGCCACCCUGAUCCUCACCACCCGCGAAGCCGAGAUCCUCCUCACCUUUGCCGGCCAGCUCGCCUGCGAGGCCCUCAACUUUGCCCUCAAGCGACUCAUCAAGGAGGAGCGGCCGCCCCGCAUCUCGGGCAAGGGCUACGGCAUGCCCUCCUCGCACGCUCAAUUUGUGGCCUUUUGGAGCGUCAGCGUCACCCUGUUCCUGCUGGUCAGGCACAACCCUCCCAAGGUCAUGGGCAAGGUCGAGAGCAGCACGCAUCGGCCGUGGAGCGUGGCGGAGCGGGGCUUGGUGGCGCUGGCGGGACUGGUCAUGGCGGCGCUCGUGGCGUGGAGUAGGGUCUAUCUGGGCUAUCACACGGGGCGCCAGGUCGUCGUGGGCUGUGGUGCCGGUGCUGGCUCUGCGGUUGUGUGGUUUGUGUUUGUGGGGUUGCUCAGGAGCGGUGGCUGGCUCAAGUGGGCUCUGGCACACCCUCUGGCUAGGAGGGCGAGGGCGAGGGAUCUGAUCAUGGAGGAAGACAUGGUGCAGGCCGGAUGGGAGAAGUGGGAUGCUCGCCAGCAGGCGGAGCUCAAGGCCAACGGCGACAAGAAGGGCCGGUAG